GUUUAGAAUCAUUGCAAAAAUCCAAAUGUAAUAAUAUUUGCUUUAAAUCUUUAGAAUUACUUUUAUCACUAUCUUAUCAAAAACCCGAAUUGUUUAAAGACAUAGUGCAAGAUGAAAUCAACAAAUAUAAAGAAUCAUUAUCAAUAACUUCCCAAGAAAUUUUUGAAAAACUUAUUCGUGAUGCAACUACGAAACUUCAACUAUACAUCCAAUUAAUGAACCAAUCAAGUUUAACAACCACUAAAGGAAAAUUAGAUAAAGUUGAUAGAAACUUAAUAGAUAUAAUCGCUGAGGAGCUCACUUGUCCAAUUACUAAACAGAUAACAGGAGAUUUUGUACUUAUAACAUGUGGACAUUCUAUUAGUUGUUAUGCUAUUGAUAAAUGGAAAGAAGAAACAGCAAUUGAAAAUAGAUUAUUUGAGUGUCCUAUUUGCAAAAUUGAAAUUGAAUCAGAGUCGAUCUAUAACUUUCCAAAAAUCAAAAUAUUAGAGGGUCUUUAUAAAAAAUUAGAAAAAGCAGAUUAUUUUAAACCUUUGGAAGAGCAACAAAUAUCACAAAAUAAAUUUUAUACAGUAGAAGACGAUUUAUUUUUAAAAUUUAAUAAGCUCAAAAUAUUUCAAAAUUCCAUAAUUUCAAAAUUUCCCAAACAAAUUUUUCAACCUAAAGUUAUGCUACCUGCUUUUAAUAAAGCGGCUAAAGCAGAACAACAAAGAGAUUAUGAAGCAGUAAUAAUGUGGUUAACUCAAGUUAUACAACUAUAUCCAAAAAGUUAUUCAAUUCGAUGUAGAAGAGCAUUUGCAGCUUAUAAACUUAAAAUUUAUUCGAA